CACGCUAAGUGAUCGAUACUUGAGUUAUAGUGAAGUGCUCUUUGAAUAUUCUCCUCUAACUACCAGAAACUAUUGCCAGAAACGUGCAGCAUGAGGAUGGUUGUGUGGGAAUUUGUUCAGCUUGUUCUCACCAUCACCAUGACUUACAGCUCAGCUUCACAGUCAUGUGGCAUUCUGACAUUUAACCAUCAUGGAAGUUUGGAUGGACAAAUGUUCAAUGACACCUUCAUCACUGAACGCAGUGUUUCUGACAAAGCCGCAUGUGUUUGGAGGUGUUUUGGUGAUCCGCAGUGCAACAUGGUACUGCACAAUCCAGUGUCUCAACGUUGCCGGUUGUAUUAUUCAUCCGUCAUCACUGGGGGUGAACAAGAGGCAGGCUGGCAGUAUUAUACAGUUGCCUGCAGCGACUUCCGGAUCCUGAAUGGACUCUCGGUGAUGAGGAACCAGACCCACGAGGAUGUCACCUGCUCCAACGGAUUCUCCUAUCUACCGACCCCGUCAGGCAAAUGUUUCCAAGACAACGUACCGUUGGACAUAGGACGGUGCAUGCAGACCCUCUGGAUUGACCCUGUGCGAGUAUUCAGGACGCCUCUUCCUGCUCCUCUGUCCAGUGGAACGGAGAUUAUCGUGGAGGCAGCCGCAGAUGGAGUCAACAUUCGAAACUGGGUGCGUCUUCAAGUAAAUGGUGACAGCACGUUUGCUCUGUAUUUGGUUGUACGAUGGGACACAAUGGACAUAGGCUUCAAUACACGGUCAUCUGGCGUGUGGUCAACGGAACUGAGCCAUCCAGAUGUAGUCUUCACGCCCAACGUCAUCUCGAAUCUCUCCAUCAAGAUCACAGACACCGAGUUCCUGAUAUCUGUUGAUGACAACAAUCUGUUCACUGGUCCAGUACGGGUUCCAGUGCAGCAGGCCGACGCCAUUGAAGUGGACUUCACCCUCAUCAAACGAUUGCAGCUCAAAUAUCCAUAA